CGAGAAAAUCUUAGUUUCGGGAGAAAACCCACUAAGGAAGCGAGGGAAUUGAUUUCUGUAACAGUCUCUAGUCCCGCCCAUGUCAAAUUCAGAUGAUGUUGCUGCGAACAAGUCACAAGCGCCGGCCAAUGGUUCUCUCGCCGUGAAAAAGCCUCCGACCAAAGACCGUCACAGCAAAGUGGACGGUCGUGGCCGGAGAAUCAGGAUGCCGAUCAUUUGUGCGGCUCGUGUUUUCCAGCUGACUCGUGAGCUGGGUCACAAAUCCGAUGGUCAGACCAUUGAGUGGCUGUUACGCCAAGCCGAGCCUUCCAUUAUAGCCGCCACCGGUACCGGGACAGUUCCCGCCAAUUUCUCCGCCGUGUCGGCUUCUCUCCGCGGUCGGGGAAAUUCCGCUUCUCUACCGACGACGACGAUGUGUUUGGACCAUAAGCCUUUACUUGGUCCCACCGGUUUUAUACUCGGAAAACGGGUCAGGUCCGACGAUGAUAACGCCGGGAAGGACGAUUCCGGGACGAUCGCGAUGGGACCAGAUAUGGGGUCCAUUUUGGGAUCUGCGGGGACACACAUGGGUGGGUUCUGGACUCUUCCAGCAAGGCCCGAGUACGGUCAAGUAUGGAGCUUCGCACCUCCGCCGGAGAUGGUUGUCCAGACUGCUGCCGCUGCGGAGUCUUCUCAGCAACCUACUGCAGCCGCGUUGUUCGUUCAACAACUGCAAGCUAUGGGAGAAGCGUCGGCGGCGAGGGUUGGCAAUUAUCUUCCCGGUCAUCUGAAUUUGUUAGCAUCGUUGUCGGGUACUCCGGGAAGUUUGAUUCGGAGAGGCGAGGGUCCGAAUUGAAUUUGGGUAGACCACUUUACCCUUGUUGCUUGGAAGUGUGUGUGUGUGUAUAUAUAUAUAUGUGUUAGAUUGCAUCAAGAUUUGUAUAUGGUUGCUGUUUCAUGUGUGGAUGUGUGAGUUGAAUUUUUGUCAGAACGUUAGUGUCAGUCAAUUAGGUUUUUGAAGGGGACAAUUUGGGUCUUCUUAUUAGGGUUUUUGUUUAAGACAUCUACCCCAUGAUUGAUUAGGGUUUAGUAGGGUUUAAAGGGUUUAAGAAACAGGGUUACGGAGAUUUGAGGUUUCUUUUGAGUUUGGGGAUUUCCAGAAUUGUUGAGGUUCAUUUUCCAUGUUGAAAUAAGGUUUGUAAACUUGAAUUUCAAAUGCUUUUCAAGUUCCUUCAUUAUUCAUAAAUCUAGCAAUGUAAGUUGAAUCUCAAGGUUCUGGAUUGUGCUUUUUUUUUUGCAUAAUCGGGGUCCGAAACUUCGAGCUGCUAAUGGCGUUCGAGAAGUAUUAGU